AUCAGAAUGUGUCAUCGAAAUGUCAGUGCACAAAUUGUAUAUACAAAAAAGAUUCAAGAAGUUUCGUUGACCAGAAGGUUGGCCGUGUUCUCGACGUUUUUGUUCCGCUCAAAUUGAAAUUGUCGAUAAAAAUGAGUCGAAUAUGUGCUCUGCCGUUGAUGCUUCGGCAAUUAACGGUAAAAAAUGUGCGAAUCAAUUCAUUUAAUCGAAAUUUGUGCUAUUCAUCGCGAUUAUCAUCGCAAAACCUAACCUCAAUUCCUCAAAAUGAAUUUCAUAAUAGUGCAACGGCGGGAAUCAUUGCAUUCAGUGAUCGGCAAUUUUAUACACCAGCCAUCGGUUGCAAUUAUUCGUGGCGAAAUUAUAGCAGCCAAAAACCGCCAAAAAGUUCCAAUAAUAAUCCAGCAUCAGCGGGAGAUGAUGACGACCAUAUGCACGAAGACGAUGUAUUCGAAGUGUAUUCCGAAGAGGAGAACGAAACAGAGGCUACAGAAGAUACAAAUGGUGUACCAUCAACAAACACGGUUCCCGAUUAUUUCCCACGCGUUCCAAUGAUUGCAACAUCCUAUCCCGUUUUCCCGAAGUUUAUGAAAGUGUUCGAGGUCACCGAUCCAAAACUAAUCAAAUUGCUCGAAUGGAAACUGAGCAUGCGACAACCGUACGCCGGUGUUUUUGUGCGAAAGAGUCAUCAGAUCACCAGCAACGUAUCGGAAGUUAAAGACUUAAACGAAUGCUAUCCCGUUGGAACGUUUGUAAAAAUCACCGAAAUCAAUCGAACGGAAAAUAAAUUGCAAUUUGUCGCUACGGCUCAUCGUCGUAUUCAAAUCGAGAAACAAUUGAAGCAUGAACGUGUAGCAAAUCCAUCGCCGGACAAAAAGAGUCGCAAGCAACUGCAAGAAAUUCAAAGUAUUCUACGUAAUGCCGAGUCAAAUGUGCUGAUGGUGCAAGUUAAGAAUCUUGACGAAGAACAACCGGACUUGAAUUCAGCCGAAUACAAAGCAAUCACUAUGGAAAUUGUGAAAACCAUUCGUGAUAUUAUAAUGUCGAAUUCAUUGAUACGCGAAAAUUUGCAGCAAUUGUUGGGCAACAAUUUGAGAGUAAAUGACAAUCCAUCGUAUUUGGCCGAUCUUGCCGCUUCGAUAACAUCGUCCAAGGCCGAUGAACUGCAAGAGAUUAUGGGAGAAAAAAAUGUGUUCAAUAGAAUGAAAGCAGCUCUGCACCUUUUGAUUAAAGAGAAACAGCUUUUGGAAUUGCAACAAAAAAUCGGUCAAGAUGUUGAAACGAAAAUCAGAGAGCAGCAUCGAGUUUUUAUGCUUCGUGAACAAUUGAAAGCAAUCAAACGUGAGUUGGGCUUGGAGAAGGAUGACAAAGAUGCAUUGGCUGAGAAAUAUCAGAAAUUGUUGGAAGGGAAAGUUGUGCCUCAGGCGGUCCGAACCGUGUUAGAUGAAGAAUUGCAAAAACUUGGCUUUUUGGACAAUAACAGCACGGAAUUUACUGUGACCCGGAACUACUUAGAGUGGUUAACCUGCUUACCGUGGGGCAUCCGAAGUGAAGAAAAUUUGGAUCUUGAAACCGCUGAAAAGAUUUUAGAUGACGAUCACUACGGCAUGGAAUUAAUUAAAAAGAGAAUUUUAGAGUUUAUUGCCGUGAGCCAAUUGAGAGGAACCACACAGGGAAAAAUUUUGUGUUUCUACGGACCACCUGGAGUGGGAAAAACUAGCAUAGCCAAAUCUAUUGCAAGAGCAUUGAAUCGCGAGUAUUUCCGAUUCAGUGUGGGCGGUAUGAAUGAUGUGGCUGAAAUUAAGGGACAUCGACGCACCUACAUCGGAUCAAUGCCGGGCAAAUUGAUUCAGUGUCUUAAGAAAACAAAAACGGAGAAUCCAUUGGUUUUAAUCGAUGAAAUCGAUAAAAUUGGCUAUCGUACACAUCAAGGGGAUCCAAGUUCAGCACUUCUUGAAUUACUAGACCCGGAGCAAAAUGCUAAUUUUCUUGACCACUUUUUGGAUGUGCCAGUCGAUUUGUCAAAAGUUCUAUUCAUUUGCACGGCCAAUGUACUCGAGACAAUUCCCGAUCCGCUUCGUGAUCGGAUGGAACUCAUCGAAAUGUCUGGUUACGUGGGUGAAGAGAAGAUCGCCAUUGCAAAGCAAUAUUUGAUUCCAGUGGCUCGACAGGAGAGCGGCAUAAAGGAGGAACAAGUUCAAAUUGAAGACAACGCCCUUUGGUCGCUAAUCAAAAGUUACUGCCGUGAGUCUGGUGUUCGUAACUUGCAAAAGCACGUUGAGAAGAUUAUUCGCAAGGCUGCUUAUAAAAUUGUGAAAAAAGAAGCGGACACACUGACGAUAACAUCAGAAAACAUCAACGAUUUUGUUGGCAAACCGAUAUUCACACACGAUCGAAUCUACGACAUAACACCGCCUGGCGUUGUUAUGGGCUUGGCUUGGACGGCAAUGGGAGGUUCAACGCUGUUCAUCGAAACUGCGAAGCGAAAAGUCAAUACGGAGUCAAUGGACGAUAAAAAGAAAGCAAACGGUUCACUUACAGUGACUGGUCAUUUGGGAGAUGUUAUGAAAGAAUCGUCUCAAAUUGCAUUGACCGUGGCUAGAAACUUCAUGAAUCAAAUCGAUCCAUCAAAUACAUUCUUGGAAACAUCGCACAUUCACUUGCACGUCCCCGAAGGCGCAACGAAAAAAGACGGACCAAGUGCAGGCAUAACCAUUGUGUCAGCAUUAGCUUCAUUAGCUAUGAAUAAGGCAAUUCGACAGAAUAUCGCAAUGACUGGAGAAGUAUCGCUGACCGGAAAAGUUUUGCCAGUCGGUGGUAUUAAAGAGAAAAUCAUCGCAGCAAAACGAGUCGGUGUCAAUUGCGUAAUUUUACCCGAAGAGAAUCGUAAAGAUUACACCGAGUUGCCGGAAUACAUAACUAAAGAUUUAGAAGUGCAUUUUGUUAAAGAAUAUUCCGACGUUUACAAUAUUGUAUUUUAGUCUAGUUCACAAUUAGCGGCCGAGGUUAGCGUGUAAAUUUCAAUGAAAAUAUAAAAAAAAUAUUGUUGAAUUUAAUACAGAAAGUAAAUGUUCGUUUGAAAAA